AUGAGAAAGUUUGAGAGAAAGAAAAGAAGCGAAAUUGUGCCACGAGUUAUUGACGUCUGCGGCUAUGGAAGUAAUAACAGCGAAAGACCAAAAAUUCUCACUGGCUACCAGCAACCACUGACCAUAGCACUUGGGUGUGCAGACCCUUCAUCUCUCCAGGGCCUACUGUGGAUCAGACAGGACAACAACGGCACCAUCACCUGUCCAGGGCAGAGUGACCAGGUGUACCACGUGACCUGCGUGGACAACAUGUGGGUGGGGCCUGUCCCGAUGGAGACAAUUGAAGGCAUCUGUUACGCCAAGCACAGGCAAGGUAACGAUGCAGAGGCGUUGAUCCAUCUGCCGUUUUAA